CCAACACCAAGGAACCCGGUAGACUGCGGAUUUUGUUUGUAGCUAUUUGAUGUUUCCGAACAGCUCUUCAAUCACAUAUACUCUUUUAUCCCAUAAUAUCCUCCAACUCUGGUCUCCUAUAUUCUUAUAGCUCCCCAUAGAAAACACCGUUUCAUCAGCCUUUCAUCUCCCUUCAAUCUAUACAUCAGCCUCUUCCUAGCACCCAUCUAGCCUCACUGCUGCUGUUAACCUGGGGUUCCUUCCUCGCCGGUAUUUGCCUGGUGCUCUGCGUCUGAUGUUGUUGAGACCUGUGUCGUUAGUGCCCGUCACUCUAAGAGAAGCUGCCCUCGACUCUCCAACAUUUCGCGGUACGGUAGUUCACUAUGGGGAACAGGUGGAGCUUGUCGAGAAAUGGCUGGAGGGCUACUUGAAGGCUACCUUGAAGCUUUGUAGCGAGUUGGAUGUAGGGCUCGAAGAAGCUGUGAACAGCUAUCUAGGGAAGGGGGUUCCUAACGGUUUAUCCGAAUCGAUAAUUGAUCAGGACUACACGCUGCUCGCUAUUAGGAGGUUUGCCGAGGGUUCAAGAGGGUUUUGGGGGGCUGUCAUAAAUGGGGCUAAGAAGGUUGAGCAGACCGUUGUGGAGCCCUUAUUGGGGUUCCAAAGGUCGGAGCUUAGGGUAUUCAAGGAUUCACGACGUUCCCUUGAGACCACUCAAGCGAAAUACGAUUCCCUUCUUGCCCGCUAUGCCGGAUUGUCAAAAUCGAAGGAGCCUUCAUCACUCCGCGAGGAUGCGUUCCAACUCUAUGAGGCUAGAAAGUUGUACAUUAGAGCUUGCUUAGAUUUCUGUGUUGCCGCACCCAUCUUUCGUGCCUCAUUGGACCGUACCUUGACCAAAGUAUUGUCGGACCAGUCUAGGAAGCAGAUACGCCUCCGACGUGAAGGGACCGCAGCAGCCGAAAAACACGCGGUUGAAAUGGAUAGGAUAAGGGCUUGGAGUGAGGGUAUGGAACAGAGUGAUAAAGUAUUUCGCAAAGAGCUUCUUAUGGCAAGAAAAGAAUUGGAAGAGAAGGUAAAGAGAGAGUUGCACCCCGCCAGGGAGCUGGAGGAGUACGCAAGUAGCACAGUUCCUUAUCUAUCUAGCAAAGGGCCUGGCAUUGCCCCAGAAGGCGAAAACAUAUCAAGUGAAAAACAAGGAUGGUUGUUUAUGAGGACAUUGACGGGUAAACCAACCCGAAGCCUUUGGAUUAGACGCUGGUUCUUUGUGAGGGAAGGGAUAUUCGGAUGGCUCAUGCAAGGAUAUAAGGGCGGUGCAAUGGAAGAAAGUGAAAAGAUUGGUGUCCUGCUGUGCAAUAUUAAGCCAGCAUUCCAGGAGGAACGAAGAUUUUGUUUCGAGGUCAAGACAAAAGACACCACAAUAUUGCUCCAGUCGGAAACCCAAGCAGAGCUUACGUCAUGGCUCGCAGUCUUUGAACAGGCAAAAAGGACUGCUAUCGAAUCGGCAUCUUCUACGACAUCAACCCAAGCAUUCUCUAUCAUUCCACCUUCGGCUCCCGUCCUCGCUUCUGAGCCGGCAUACGUAGCGAAAGGUCAUGAUGGUAAUAAUGCUUCUUCAGCGCUCGCAUCACAACCGACAGGCAAAGACGCCAUCUCUCUAAACCCACUGAGCAUGUCAAGACAUCUCCUCGUUCACCGUGAGCGUGAUGAUGAAGCUUCCGGAAUCGAUCGUUCAUUAACUAUGCCUCUCGGUGCCCUUGGGGGCGCCUCCAGGGGAACUUCUUUCGAUAUCAGUAGGAUUGAUAAUUCAACUCUGGUAUCUUCGGGGGCCCGGGAAAAAAUCGCACAGAAACUAGAUAUCCGUCGGGGGACGGGGUACGGCGAGCGAAAUCAGUCUUUGGCAGUUCCACCAGCCUCGCCAGGUAAUAGUAAUAGCAGUAGUGGUAUUGGUGCUGGUGUGUCAGCCUUGAUCUCCGCGAGCCAUAAUGCUUUACCAUUCCAUCCGCCAGCAUCCCCUCCAACUGAUGGAAAGUUUGCAGAUGGACCUACUAGCCUUGCUCCGGCCACUUUGGCCAGUACACCGACGCCAGCUACGUUAUCGAAAGCGGCUAUGGUAACAUUGGGUCAAGAGCCAAUAAACGACGAUUUUGGAUCUAAGGGCCAUCGGAAGACUCAGAGUUUGGAUGAAACUGCUGGGCCCCAUUUACUUCGUAGGGAUGACAAUCCACCUGGCGGAAAGGACGAAUACCCUUCGGGGUAUCCUCCGGAGCUUAGGGCUCAAGAUAAUCAUUUCAGAGUAUUAUUUCCUGGAAGAAGGCCUGGGGAAGCGGUAUUACUUGUUUUCCGAGCAACCUGGAGCCCGAAUGAUACACAGGAGCUUCCGGGUCGCUGUUAUGUGACAGUUGAGAACGUGUAUUUCUACUCCCAUUAUCUUGGCCUUGUGUUUACUAGCGUGAUACCCCUCACGUCUGUUACUGAGGUGAAGGCUGCUCCUGGAAAAGAUUGUGAUUAUCUAUUCUUGCAUCUUGACCCCGAAGAUGGAAAUGUAGGAGUUGAUCAGGAAGGACACGAACCGCACAUCACAGUCAAGAUAUUCUUGGAGCCGGUAAGGCUUUUACAAAGGCGUCUGCUCUUUUUGGUCAAAAACGCCAACGCAUCGAGCGAAGACGAACCUCCGAAGCUCCCGGCCAGAAAGGUCCUAGAGAGGCUCAUCGCACUGGAGCGUGAAGUAGAGGAGCGGACUGGGACUGAUACUGAGAGUUGGGAAGAUGUAGGCUUUGUAGAUGUGCAUGAUGAGCUUGAGCGAAGGAAACGUACAGGCGAGCUGGUGAGAGUCCGGACUGACGGCGAUAUUUUGACGCCUAAUCCGACCGCCACUCAGGGAAGCAUUGACGGUAGAGUCAGGGAAGUGACUCGCUUUAAAUUACCUUCGGUUCCGGUCGUCUACGAACCUGGGGGGAUGGAUAAAAAAGCGUUCGAACGGGAGUUUGAGGUUUCGCCAAAAGCUAUGUUUCACGUCAUGUUUGGAGACAAAUCGGCUGUCUUCCAAAUGUUAUACAAUGAGAGAAGAGCACGGUACAUUCAGCAGGGUGCAUGGACCCAGCUAGAAGGAGGAAGUAUGAGGCGGGAAUUUAAAUACCAGAUCGAAUACCUCGACAUUUUACGGAGAUUGCGGAUAUCAAAUGUGGUUGAUCAUCAAACGAUUGAGAAACAAGACGAUCAUUUAUGUUAUGUAAUCACGGACCGAAAAACACCCUGGCAUUUGCCUCACCGCGAGCAUUUCAUGCUUGUCAGCAAGGUGGUCAUUACUCACUUAGCGAAAUCAAAGUGUAAAUUAUCCAUCUGGACUGCUGUCGAGUGGGCAAAGGAGCCGACUUUCUCAAAGGGAAUUGUUCACAGACAGGCCCUCGAUGACCUCGACUUAGACGCCCUCGACCUGGGAGACGUCGUCGCAGAUCAGGCACGGAAAUUAGGUUCUCCAAGCCGCAUAGAGAAUGCUGUGCACAUCUUUGGAGGGAUAGGCCAAGAAACCCCGGGCUCCCAUCUGACAGCGGGGGGACCGGACGGUGCGCCUCUCGCCCCAGAUCUUGACCCAAGAGCCCCGAGGUUACCGAUCGCCCACAGAUCCCUCUCCCAGAUGAUGUUGGAAACUGGCUUGAGCUUUCUUGAGAGCGCAGUGUCUAGCCUUAUGAUGUGGACAUUCACGGCUCUCCAAAAAGCCUGGGGAAUUGCUUCGGCGCAGCGCAUUAUCUUAUUGUUUCUGGCUGUGUCUCUCUUGAGCAACACAAUGCUUAGCUCGAGAUCUACAGUUUCAUACUGGAAUGAAAGGCGAGCUGCGAAUUUUAUGAAUGCCGUAGGAGUAUCACCUAAUGGAAUUAUGUCCAGAGCCGUUUACUUGAAGGAUAUGGAUGAAAUGGUUUUUAAUGGUACAGAUUUGGCACACGACGGCUCUAGUCAAUGCUAUGCGAAGUUUAGAGAGCUCGCCAGUUUCACUGAUAUGGACGCAGACGCGGCCCUCGCGAGCAAAGGAUUUUUCAGUGCUUCCACUCGCGCUACUGCACGAAGGCUCCGGCUCUCUAGGCAACAUCUUGGGUCGUACCGCCAUGACUUGCUCGUAGCGAUGAGAGUUGUCAAUAGUUUGGAGAGAGAAAUGGUGCAUGCCGAAUGGGACAAUUGGCUUUACGAGGAAACAUCUAGAUGCAAACAGGCACUCUUUAUUUUGAACAGCCGGAAGCAGCCGGCUGGAGGUACCGGUCUGAACAGUACAUCUGAAGGAGGUGGUCGAGGAGAGCAUGGCGAAGCCGCAAAAUGGCUUUCGGAAUAUUGCGAUAGUUGCAAUAGUGAGCGAAGUGAAUCUGAUACCGGACGGCGUCUCGGCCUAGCGUUUCCUUGA